ACGCUAGUCUUAAGACGGAAAACAAACCUCCAUCCUACCUUCCUUCCUUAACAUUUUAAACUUACAGUUUUAUUUCGAAACCAAAUCUUUUCUAUUGAAUUAUAACAAACUGUAAAUCAAAAAUGUAAGCUCAAAAUGAGAAUAUCAUUUAAUUAAAUAAUUUGAAAUCCAUGUAUAAAUGUGGAUAAAUUCAUAUCAUGUUCUGAUUUCUAAAAAUCAGAUUUGCAAAAAGAUAAAUGGUGCUGAAAAAGCAGUUUCAUAGUACAUAGAAGAUAAAAUUUAUAGAUAAUUUAAUACUGAUAGUGUCAGUGGGUUGAAAUUUUCGAAAGUUAUUAAUUCAUUUUCUUUCCUAAGUAAUCAUUUUGUAAAUUUAAAAAUGACAACUGAAAAUUUGUCUGCAGUUUUAAAAUGCAAAGGAGAGAUUUGCUUGGAAAAUCGUGAAGUAUCAGAACCAUUACCACAUGAGGCUCUAAUUGCUAUGCAUACUGUUGGCAUUUGUGGAUCUGAUGUUCAUUUUUGGAAACAUGGUCGCCUUGGUAAUUUUAUUGUUAAUGCUCCAAUGGUCUUGGGGCAUGAAUCUAGUGGGACUGUAAUUAAAAUUGGAAGUCAAGUUAAACAUUUGAAACCAGGAGACAGAGUGGCCAUUGAACCAGGAGUGCCUUGUUAUAAAUGUAGAUACUGCUUGGAGGGAAGAUACAAUCUUUGUCCAGAUGUAAAGUUUUGUGCAACACCUCCUGUCCAUGGAACAUUGUGUCGCUAUUUUUGCCAUGAUGCUAAUUUCUGUUUCAAAUUGCCUGAUCAUGUCAGUUUGGAAGAAGGAGCAUUGCUGGAGCCUCUGUCAGUUGCCAUUCAUGCUUGUAGAAGAGCAUCAGUUGCAGCUGGAAAAACUGUUCUAAUAUGUGGAGCUGGUCCCAUUGGUUUGGUGAAUCUACUAACUUGCAAAGCAUUAGGUGUGACUAAGAUCUGUAUAACAGAUAUUUCACAACACCGUCUGGAUGUUGCUAAAAAACUUGGAGCUAAUUAUCAACUUUGUGUAAAAGGUUUGGAUACUGAAACAGCUAUUUCACAAAUAGGCACUUUGCUAGGUGAUUUGCCUGACAUUACUCUUGAAUGUAGUGGUGCUGAAUCUAGUACUAGACUUGGUAUGCUAGUGACAAGAUCUGGAGGUGUACUCAUGCUUGUUGGUGUUGGAGUAAGAGAUAUGUCAUUUCCCAUAAUAGAGGUCAGUACCCGAGAAGUUGAUAUCAAGGGAAUUUUGCGUUAUGCAAAUUGUUACCCAGCUGCAUUAAGUUUGGUUGCUGGUGGUGCAGUGGAUUUGAAGCCAUUAAUUACUCAUCAUUUUACUUUGGAGCAAGUUCAAGAAGCUUUUGAUGCAUCCGCUUCUGGUGCUGGGGGAGCAAUCAAGGUUCUCAUUAAUUGUGCUAAAUCAUAAAGCUUUACAUUGGCAUGCCAAUAGGCAUAAUCUUUUCACCAUUUAAUUUUAAAUAUUUAAUAUUAUUCCUUAUACAUUGAGAAAUGUGUUUAUUAAAAGGAAAGCAAUUAAAAAAAUUAAACUAUGUUGAACUUACAAAUUGAAAGUGCUAUUUAGUGUAUUUUUGUAAAUUUGUUGUUAAAUCACUAUAUUUAUAUGUAUAUUUUUAUAUAUUGAUAUAUAAAUGUUAUUUUAUAAUUGUU